UCACCACCAGACUCCCUCCCUCCCUCCCUAUUUCUCUCUCUCUCUAUCUCUACUGCAGCUGGAAGCACGAUCUCCGAUGGAAUUCCCAGGCGCAGCCGCCGCCCGUUGACGACCGACCGAUCGUCCGUCCUCCCUCCCUCCUGAAUCGCGGCCCGACCCUCUCCGUCGCAAAUGGCCGCCUCCCUCCUCUUCCCCGACCUCGCCUUCCUCUCCGCCCCCCGCGCGGCCGCUCCCACGCGCCGCCUCUCCUCCCUCUCGCCCCGCGCUCUCGCCGGAACCGUCGCCUCCUUCUCCUCCUCCCGGAGGAGGAGGAGCGGCAGCGGCUCCCGGCGCGCCGCCGGAAUCGGAGUCCGGGCCCGAGUCGUGAAGGAGGAGGAGGGCGUGCUGGUCGAGAACCUGAACGGCUACCCCUCCAACGGCAACGGAGCCGCCUCCACGAGCUCGGGCGGAGGCGGCGGCGGCGGCGAUGCCUCCUAUUCGAACGGUUCCGCUGGUUAUCAUGCGGAUGAGAGGGGGAGGAGCGCGGAGGACAAUGGGAGCUUGGUGAAGUAUGUGGAGGGGAACGGCUCGGCGGCGGCGGGGGCGUCGGCGUCGAGGUUGCUGAAGGAAGUGGAAGUGGUGGAGGCCACGGAGGAAGGGAGGAAGAGGAGGAUUGAAGAGAUUGGUAAGGAGGACGCUUGGUUCAAGCAAAGUGGACCACAAGUUGAGGUAUCUGUUGCACCUGGUGGUCGGUGGAGUAGAUUCAAAACAUAUUCAACCAUUCAAAGGACACUGGAGAUAUGGGGAUUUGUGUUGACAUUUAUUUUUAGGGUUUGGUUGAGCAAUCAGAAGUUCUCUUAUCGAGGAGGAAUGACUGAACAGAAAAAGGUCUUACGGCGUAAGGUGCUUGCCAAAUGGCUGAAAGAAAACAUAUUGAGACUGGGUCCGACAUUUAUCAAAAUUGGACAGCAGUUCUCAACAAGGGUUGAUAUUCUUCCUCAAGAAUAUGUUGAUCAGUUAUCUGAACUUCAGGAUCAAGUUCCUCCUUUUCCGUCUGAGACUGCUCUAUCUAUAGUCCAAGAAGAGCUUGGAGCUCCUUUGGAGAAUAUUUUCGACAGCUUUGACUAUGAGCCCAUAGCUGCUGCUAGUCUCGGUCAGGUUCAUCGAGCACGUUUGAAGGGACAGGAAGUUGUUGUUAAAGUACAAAGGCCUGGUCUCAAGGAUCUUUUUGACGUUGAUUUGAAAAACCUAAGGGUGAUUUCUGAAUAUCUUCAAAAGAUCGAUCCAAAGUCAGAUGGUGCCAAAAGGGAUUGGGUUGCGAUUUAUGAUGAGUGUGCAAGUGUAUUGUACCAGGAAAUUGAUUACACCAAAGAAGCUGCUAAUGCGGAGUUGUUUGCUAGUAACUUCAAGGACAUGGACUAUGUAAAAGUCCCAUCAAUUUUCUGGGAGUACACGACGCCCCAGGUUUUGACCAUGGAGUAUGUUCCAGGGAUUAAAAUCAACAAAAUACAAGCUCUUGAUCAGCUGGGGGUAGAUCGCAAAAGAUUGGGCCGAUAUGCUGUUGAAUCCUAUUUGGAGCAAAUUCUUUCUCAUGGUUUUUUCCAUGCUGAUCCUCAUCCGGGAAAUAUUGCCGUUGAUGAUGUCAAUGGCGGACGGUUGAUAUUCUAUGAUUUUGGCAUGAUGGGAAGUAUAAGCUCGAACAUCCGAGAAGGUUUGUUGGAAACAUUCUAUGGUGUCUAUGAAAAGGACCCAGACAAGGUCCUUCAGGCAAUGAUUCAAAUGGGCGUUCUUGUGCCAACAGGGGACAUGACAGCUGUCAGAAGGACUGCGCAGUUCUUUCUUAACAGUUUCGAAGAGCGUCUCGCUGCACAAAGAAGAGAAGCAGAGAUGGCAACGACAGAACUAGGCUUCAAAAAGCCCUUGAGCAAGGAGGAAAUGAUUGAGAAAAAGAAGCAAAGGCUUGCUGCAAUAGGAGAAGAUUUGUUAUCCAUUGCUGCAGAUCAGCCCUUCCGAUUUCCUGCAACAUUUACAUUUGUUGUGAGAGCAUUUUCAGUGUUGGAUGGCAUUGGGAAGGGCCUGGAUCCUCGAUUCGAUAUAACUGAGAUUGCUAAACCUUAUGCACUGGAGUUGCUAAAAUUUCGUGAAGCUGGUGUUGAAGUCAUCCUGAAGGACUUUAGGAAGCGGUGGGAGCGCCAAUCUCGUGCAUUUUACAACUUAUUUAGACAGGCUGACCGAGUUGAAAAGCUUGCAGAAAUCAUCCAGCGACUGGAACAAGGUGACCUCAAGCUCAGGGUUCGGACUUUAGAAUCCGAAAGGGCCUUUCAACGAGUUGCAGCUGUCCAGAAGACAGUUGGCAAUGCUGUGGCUGCUGGAAGCCUGAUGAACCUUGCAACAAUUUUGUAUCUCAAUUCGAUUCGCGCGCCUGCACUAGCAGCAUCUGUUUUAUGUGCAUUUUUCGGUUUCCAAGUUCUCUUCGGUCUUAUAAAGGUGAAAAAGUUGGAUCAAAGGGAGAGAUUGAUCACAGGAACUGCUUAGACAUUGGAUGUAUAGGAUUAUUGAUACGUGAGAAGCUGCUCCCAAGUACACACGUUCAGCUUACAAACAUUUCAAGGGGAGCCAAAUAUCUGUUGGGGAGUUAUUAUAAUUCACCUCUUCAAUUCAACUGAAUAAUCAGCAUGCAUCUGAUUCUUUAACUGUACAUGCAAGGGAUAUUAUUCAAAUGCAGAAUGCACAACCAAUCUUUUGGGCCAUUCUGUGAAGUUUAUCUGCUUCAGUAGCCCACUAUCAGGUUUGCCCGUCUGCUACUUAUUCAGAAUAAUCCCCCGCCUUUUGAUAGAUAGGCCCGUGCCAUAGUAAGCAAGUUUAGUACCAGAAACUUCUAGUUGUACUUAGAGCAGUCUUGAAGUUGUAAUUGUCAUUUGGUCAAGUUUUGGUUAGUUUGACCUCGCGAACAUGUGGCUGGUGACAUGUAACAGAACUCGUAUAAUUCUGUAACAUAUAGAGGGCUAUUUAGUGACAACAUUCGUAUACUGUUUGUAAUUGCCCGCGAUCCUGGUUGUCUACUAGUUACCCAUGCAA